CGCUCUGCCGCCCUCCAUUGUCUCCACGGCGGCGAGGAGCGCCGGUGAGCGCUGCCCGGGACCGAGCAGGGUGGCGCGGCUGGCGGGGCCGGCGGCGACUGAAGCGAGAGCGCGACACGACGCGACCGCGGCUUCCCGAGCUGCGCCUGGCCGCCCAGCGCCGCGGCCCGCUCGAGGCCUGGAGAGGUCCGGGCCGCCGUCCAUGGUCGCGGCGUCCUGAGGCGGGGGACGCGCCUGGCGCCCCCGGUCCUCCGCCUCCUCCCGCGGGGCGGGCGGCCUCCUCCGGCGCCUCCCCGCGCCCGCCCGCCGCUCGCCGCCGCGUCCCUCCCUCCUUCCCUGCGGCUCCCCCGGCUUUCGGAGCCCGGGGGCGGCCUGUGGCGCGCGGACCCCGCGCCGGACUGCGCCUCUUUGGACCUUGAGGGGAAACAUGCGUUUGGCUUGGAUCGUUUGAAAUUCUGAGUUUGGGAUCCCCGCCCGCCCGCCUGCCCGCCUCUUCCGCCCCGCGGGUUUUUUCCUUUUUUCUUUUGCUUUUUUUCUUUUCUCCCUCCGGGUCUCCUUUUUGACUCCUUCCCCCUUUAUGCUCGCCCAGCCCUCCCCCCGCUGCUGAGAAGUGGGGGAGGGUCUCGGCCUCCAGGUUCCCGCCCCACCGGGGCCCGGGCGAGCAUGGGGGGCAAGCAGAGCACGGCGGCCCGCUCCCGGGGCCCCUUCCCGGGGGUCUCCACCGAUGACAGCGCGGUGCCGCCGCCGGGAGGGGCGCCCCAUUUCGGGCACUACCGGACGGGCGGCGGGGCCAUGGGGCUGCGCAGCCGCUCGGUCAGCUCGGUGGCAGGCAUGGGCAUGGACCCCAGCACAGCCGGGGGGGUGCCCUUUGGCCUCUACACCCCCGCCUCCCGGGGCACCGGCGACUCUGAGAGGGCGCCCGGCGGCGGAGGGUCCGCGUCCGACUCCACCUAUGCCCAUGGCAAUGGUUACCAGGAGACGGGCGGCAGUCACCAUAGAGACGGGAUGCUGUACCUGGGCUCCCGAGCCUCGCUGGCGGAUGCUCUACCUCUGCACAUCGCACCCAGGUGGUUCAGCUCGCACAGUGGUUUCAAGUGCCCCAUUUGCUCCAAGUCUGUGGCUUCUGAUGAGAUGGAAAUGCACUUUAUAAUGUGUUUGAGCAAACCUCGCCUCUCCUACAACGAUGAUGUGCUGACUAAAGAUGCGGGUGAGUGUGUGAUCUGCCUGGAGGAGCUGCUGCAGGGUGACACGAUAGCCAGGCUGCCCUGCCUGUGCAUCUAUCACAAAAGCUGCAUAGACUCGUGGUUUGAAGUGAACAGAUCUUGUCCGGAACACCCUGCGGACUGACCUUCGGGCUUGCUUGCUGACUCCUCUCAAAGGGACAGAGAGCCCCUGCUCCAGGGAGGAGGCUCACCGGACCCUGGGGCAGAGCUGAGCUUGGGACACCAGCGGGAACAGGGCACCCCUUCUGCACUGACUUCCAGAUCAUGGUUCUCCCUUCCUCCCUGAGGACACCAAAUUGGAUGAGAGCAAGUUUGAGAGAAGAAUGAAUCAACUGCUAUCCUUCCCCUCACCCUUCAGCCCAGGAGGGAAAGGGCAUUUUCUUUUUCAUCUUUGAAAGGCAUUGUGGGUCUGUCUUUAAAGUGUUUACAAAAAAAAAAAAUUAUAUAAAAAAAGUCUAGUGUCGACUGGUGUUUUCCCUCGUGAUGUUUACAGCUUGCUGUUUGCUGCCCAGCCAUAACCCACUCAGUGACAGACGAACACAGCCAAGCCCUCGCCGCCAGCCUUCUGAUGGUGGGCGAGCACACAGUCUCUUCCCCUGCCCCAACUGGCCCUCUCCACCACCAACUUCUCUACUUUGGGUUUGGUUUUUUUUCUUCUAUUUUUCUGGCUUGGUUUUUUGCUCUUUUCUCCCCUUGAGACCCUAAUAUCUUGACUUCAUUGCCAAAAAACAACCCAUCGAGAACUUUCUUCCCACUGAUCCCAUCUCUUUUCCCUUCUUUCCUCCUGGUUCCGGUCAGUUCAGAGGAUUUAACAAUCACAAGUGUCCUGCAAAAAUGCCUGAACAUUAUUCUUAGGCCCUUGUGGAUUUUUUUUUCCAGAAAACUUAAACAAAAAAAGACUAAGAAAUAUGUACAGCUACCCCUGUUUUCAGGCACUAUGUUUGAGAACAUCUUAGCCAUUGAUGUUCACACGUGGCAUCAGCCCAUGCAAGAUAGGUUUCUGUAUUUAUAUAUUAAAUACAAAAAAACUUAUAAAAUGUUUAAAAAAAUGUUCAAAGCUUGGGAGAAAAGCUUUCUUCAUUAGUCAAGGUGUUUUGAUAUGGUAUUAAAAUGUCUAAUAAAAGAUACAGUGUGUGAUUUUAUUUUAAUGAGGUGUUGUUAUACAAUCAAGAAAUGGGGGCAAGGGCCUGCCCCCCAAUCCCUCACCUACCUCCUUAGCAUUCCUUCAGGCUGCUGCUCAGGGCUCCAGGUGUGUGAAUUGGUCCUCAGACAGGCCUGGGUGGAGGGAGAGUGGCAAGUCAGGCGUGCCUCCUACAAGCUUCCUAACCUCUUAAGCAUCGUGGAACCAGUCAGCCCUCUGUGGAGUCAUUGUGCCGGACCUCUGAAAAGAUCUGCAGGGGCCAAGAUGUUGCAGCCACUGGAGGCUGCAAGGAUGUGGGUUCUUCCAGGUGUGGGCCCAGCCCCCCUCCUUCCAGCCUCUGCUCCCCAUCCCACGUUCCACUCGCCCUGCCUGUUGUUCAGUUUGCAUCUCAGUGCUGACUCAUGGGCGUGCUUCAUUGAGGCCCAGGAAGAGGCCCUGGUUUGGGGCUGUGCCAGUUCAGAGCCCUUGAACCAGAACCAACUGCUCAGGCUCACAAAAGUUGGCAAAAUGCAGGCUGGGCGGGCAGCUCAGGGCAGGGAGCAGCAGUGCAGGCCUGGCCUGUGUCCCCAUGCCCAGCGGGCUCCCGGAGCAGCGUUCCAGAGCCUCCUGCAGAGCCAGCGAAGGAAAAAGCUGUGGAGGGAUACAACUCCACCGCCUCUCUGCUCUGACCCUUCUCAGGCCCACCUGAUGUCUGGACCACCCCCCUGCUGCCACAGCCCCUGGCUCCGCAGUCACCCUCCAUCAGAUACUUCCAGAGGCACCUACUGUGUGCAAGGGCAUUCACAGCAGGCCAGUGGGCAAACGUGAGCCAGGGCCAGCGGAGAAACACUAAAGAAGACUCGGUGGUUCAGAGCCUGGGUCUCAGCGCGGGACCCGUCUGGGGUGAAGACCUUGGGGCUGUUGUGAGUCGACGGCAGGAACGUGGGCUCUAGACUGUGCAUUCAGGCUCUCCUACUUGGCAGAAUGAUCUUGGGGAAACGACUUCAUCUGAACUUCAGAUUUUUCACAUGUGAAGUGGGGACAAAACCAUGCAGCUCAGAGGUCCAUGUGGGGGCCGGGGGAGCUGCCCUGCAGGUCCUGGCACAUGCACAGCAGGCUCCCCAUAGCUUUGUCACCACAAAGGGCACUGUUCUAUUCACAGCACCUCCUGCUUCUGCCUGGCAACUGUGUCUCCCUGUGCUAUAUUUAAUUCCACCAGCAAAGAUGGCAAGGCAGGGCCCAGCCCUGAAGGAGAUCUCCUUGCCUGAGCCCUGGAUCUGGAAACGGAGGCUUCAUGUGCCCACCUUGGCGGCUUAAGCCUGCUGCUUGGGCAGUGCCAUGGGUGAGCCGAGCAGCUGUGAGUUGGGUGGGGCAGGGCUGUAGCCCACGCCGGGUGCUAUUCCAGGCUCCAGGGGCUGGUGCUCAUCCCCACCCCCAGCGACUUCAGUCCUACCUGGCACGCUGCAGCCCUCUGCCGGCUGCGGGGGCCUCUGAAUUCAGACCCAGGUUGCCUGCUUUUGGUGUGGGGGUGGGACUGGGGCUGUCUGAGCUUCCCAGGUGGAGCUCAUGUUUGUGAUCCUCUCUCCAGACAGCUCUCCAGAAUCCUGUGUUGCCCCUGUUCUGCCUUUCUGGGAUGGGAGAGAACGUGAGGGAGCCGGCGAGCAGGUUCUACCCACUCUGCUAAGGGCCUAGCACACUUUGAUGAGGUUCCUAGAUAUGAGCCCCUCACAAAGACCAACCAUUCCUCUUAACAGCCAUUUAAAGGUACUGACGUUCAUGGGAAAAUGUCCUCAUUCUUAGGAGAUAGAUGCUGAAUUACAUAGGUGAAUGUCUUCAAGAAAUGUGUUUAAUUCCAAAUGGUUCCCCCCAAAAUACACAAAGCAAAUAAGGCCAAAACGUUCAUUGUUGAAUCUGCAGUGGCUGGUAUUUCAGUGAACAGUGUACUUGUUCUUUCAACUUUUCUGUAUGUUUGGAAUUUUUCUUAAUAAAAGAUUGUGGGAAAUGGUCA